AUGCAUCAAUUUCCGGAGCUGUUCGUGCUUGCUAAGAACGACGCAUUGCCGGUAGCGGAUGCUGGCAGAUUUGAUGAUUCUGGGUGGUGCUGGAAGACGGUAGAAGAGCUGUUUCACAGUGGCAGCAACAUCGGUUUUUUAUGGAAGGAGCUGAUCGAUCAAAUUGUUGGUUUUCGGCCUACGGAAGGGAGACAAGACAGCUUUACAUGGGGCUGCAACAGUGAAGGAGUUUUCAAGGAUCAUCAAAGGCAAAAGACCUUGUUUCAGUUAUGGAACCCAGCCACCAACACAUCAUCUAUUAUAUUUAAGAAACACUUGGAUUAUCUAUGGAAAAUUAUUCAACUUCCUAACUUGGUUCCUUUAAAUUGUUGGGAUCGUGUUCCAACUAAACGCGUCUUUCUCAAUGAAGAUGUAUCUUUGAAUGACACUAUCAUCUUGUUGGCCCGAGAUAUUGCUCAACAAAUUGUGAUUAUCUCGUUGAAUCUGAGUACCGACACAUAUAGCAAGUUACUUCCCCCUCAAGAUUUUGUUGAAGUUUCACUUCAUUCCCCAACUCUUCAUGUGUUAGAAGACUCUCUCUAUUUUAGUCACCAUACUCAAGAAACCCAUUUUAUUAUAUGGAAGAUGUCGGAAUUUGGAAUUGAAAAUUCUUGGACUCAAUUUCUUAAAGUAAGUUAUCAGGAUUUGAAUAUUCCUAAUCAAGAUAAAUAUUUUCUAGCCCCUUUGUGCCUUUACGAGAGUGGUGUCGCACUAGUACAAGCAGCAAACAGUGGUCGAACGGAAGUGAUUCUCUAUAAUUGGAGUGGAAAUAGAAUUAAAAAAACUAGAAUGGACAAGUUAACUUCGUGGAUGUUUAACCAAAAUUAUGUUGAAAGCUUGGUUCCCACUUAG